AUGGGGAGCCCCGCGGGGCUACGGCCCCUCCUCUGCCCGCUGUACCCGCUGUGCCCUCGGCUGCUGCUGCUUCUCGCCCUGCACCCGAUGCUCAGCGCCCCGCACCCAGACUCCAAAGUCUUCCUCAUCUACAACGUGGGUGCACAGGGCUGCCUGGAGACGAAGGACUCUCUGGUGCGGCUUGCCAAGGGCUGCAAUGCCAGCUCCCCAGCCCACCAGUGGAAAUGGGUCUCACGCAACCGCCUCUUCAACGUGGGGGCCAUGCAGUGCCUGGGGGUGUCAUGGCAUGGGGGCAAUGCCACCUCUGGCCUGCACCCUUUGGCCACCUAUGAGUGCGAUCGUGAGUCCAUCAACAUGCGCUGGAGCUGCCGUGGUCUUGGGGAGCAGCUCUCACAGCACCUCGGAGCCCGACCGAACAACACCUCGCUGGAUAGGGGUGACCAGGCACGCAGCUCUCAGUGGAGGACAUACGGAACUGAGGAGGAUCUGUGCUCUGUGCCCUACUCUGAGAUCUAUACCAUCCAGGGCAACUCACAUGGGAAGCCCUGCACCAUCCCCUUCAAGUACGACAACCAAUGGUUCCAUGAGUGCACCAGCACAGGUCGGGAGGACGGCCACCUCUGGUGUGCCACCACCCAGGACUACGGCAAGGAUGAGCGAUGGGGCUUCUGUCCCAUAAAGAGCAAUGACUGUGAGACCUUUUGGGACAAGGACCAUCUCACCAACAGCUGUUACCAGUUCAAUUUCCAGUCUACACUGUCCUGGCGGGAGGCUUGGAACAGCUGUGAGCAGCAAGGAGCCAACCUGCUCAGCAUCACCGAGAUCCAUGAGCAGACCUACAUCAAUGGGCUGUUGACUGGGUACAGCUCCACGCUGUGGAUUGGGCUCAAUGACCUGGACAUCAAUGGGGGCUGGCAAUGGUCUGACAACUCGCCACUCAAAUACCUCAACUGGGAGAGCGACCAGCCUGAUAACCCCAGCGAGGAGAACUGUGGUGUGAUCCGCACUGAGUCUUCUGGGGGGUGGCAGAACCGUGACUGCGGCAUUGCCCUCCCCUAUGUCUGCAAGAAGAAGCCCAAUGCCACCACUGACCCCUUCCUGACAGAUUCAUGGUCAGAGGUGAAAGUGGACUGUGAGCCCAGCUGGCUGUCCUUCCAAUCCAACUGCUACCGCCUGGUGGGAGAGAAGAAGAGCUGGCAGGAUGCAAAGAAGACCUGCCUGCGGAGCGGGGGGGACCUGGUCAGCAUCCACACACUCUCUGAGCUGGAGUUUGUCACCAAGCAGGUCAAGCAAGACGUGGAAGAGCUCUGGAUUGGUUUAAAUGACCUCAAGCUGCAGAUGAACUUCGAGUGGUCGGAUGGGACACCCGUGAGGUUCACUUAUUGGCACCCCUUCGAGCCCAACAAUUUUCGUGACAGCCUGGAGGACUGUGUCACCAUCUGGGGACCGGAAGGGAGAUGGAAUGACAGCCCAUGCAACCAGAGCCUGCCCUCCAUCUGCAAAAAGCCCGGCCAGGUGAGCCAGGAGAAAGAGGAGGAUGACCACGGAUGCAGAAAGGGCUGGAAGUGGCACAGCCCCUCCUGCUUCUGGCUGGGUGAGGACCGCGUCACCUACAGCGAUGCCCGCAAGAUGUGCUCCGACUACGGCUCCACGCUGGUCACCAUCACCAACAGGUUUGAGCAGGCGUAUGUCAGCAGCCUCAUCUAUGGAUGGGAUGGAGAAUACUUCUGGACAGCCCUGCAGGACAUCAAUGAGACGGGAGCUUUCCGCUGGCUGAGUGGAGAUGAGGUCAUGUACACCCACUGGAACCGCGACCAGCCCGGUUACAAUAAGGGUGGCUGUGUGGCCCUGGCCACCGGCAGCUCCAUGGGGCUUUGGGAGGUGAAGAACUGCAGCACCUUCAAGGCCAAGUACAUCUGCCGGCAGAACCUGGGCACACCGGUGAACCCUGAGCUGCCCAGCGCCUACCCCACACCCAGCCUCACCGGGACCUGCCCGCUGGGAUGGAGUGCAGACCCCAAGCUGCGGCACUGCUACAAGGUGUUUAACUUUGACAAGCUGCAAGAGAAGAAGACGUGGAUCGCAGCACAGGAGUUCUGCCGGGAGCUGGGAGCCCAACUGCUCAGCCUGGGCAGCUACGAGGAGGAGCACUUUGUGGCUAACACCCUCAACAAGAUUUUUGGGGAGUCAGAGCCAGAGAUCCACGAGCAGCACUGGUUCUGGAUCGGCCUCAACCGACGUGACCCAUCAGGGGACCGGAGCUGGAGGUGGAGCGAUGGGUUGGGGUUCUUCUACCACAACUUUGACCGCAGCAACUACGAUGAUGAUGACAUCCGGAACUGCGCGGUGCUGGACCUGGCCUCCCUGCAGUGGAUGCCGAUGCAGUGUGAAGCCCAGCUGGACUGGAUCUGCAAACUGCCCAAAGGAACCGAUGUGAAGGAGCCGGAGAUCACAACCCAAGGCAGUAAAGAGUGGGUGAAGUACCAAGAGGCUGAGUACAAGUUCUUUGAGCACCACUCAACGUGGAUGCAGGCACAGCGCAUCUGCAGCUGGUUCCAGGCAGAGCUGGUAUCAGUGCACAGCGAGUCCGAGCUGCGCUUCCUGGGCCAGAACCUGAAGAAGUUCUCCAGGGGUCAAGAGCAGCACUGGUGGAUUGGGCUGCACACCUAUGAGAAUGAUGGCAGGUUCAAGUGGUCUGAUGGGUCCCUCCUCAACUUUGUCUCUUGGGCACCAGGCAAACCCCGUCCCAUCAGCAAGGACAAGAAGUGUGUCUAUAUGACGGCCAGCAGAGAGGACUGGGGGGAUCAGAAAUGCCCCACGGCUCUGCCCUACAUCUGCAAACGAAGCAAUGCCACUGCUGUGAAGCCAUCCAUCCCACCACCACCUGCUCCCACAAGCGGGGGCUGUCCACGUGGCUGGGUCCCAUUCCUCAGCAAGUGUUUCAGCUUCAAUGGCCACGACAAAGCUGACAUCGUGAAGUGGCCGGAGGCAAAGCAGGCUUGUGAGAGCCAGGGCGCUGUGCUGGCCACCAUCUCCAGUCCUUUGGAGCAGGCUUUCAUCACAUCCAUGUUGCUGAACAUCUCCUUCGACCUCUGGAUUGGCCUCCACGAUGCCAAGAAGGAGUUCCAGUGGGUGGAGGAUGAACCUCUGAGACACGUCAGCUGGGCGCCUGGGGAGCCCUCGGAGUGCAGCUCCUCCAGCCCUGGUGACAAGCCGACCAACUGUGUGGUGGUGUGGCAUGGCUCACCCCCCCACUUCACGGGGCGCUGGGAUGAUCGGAGCUGUGUGGAGGAGAAGCACGGCUACAUCUGCCAGCGAAGCAUAGACCCAUCCCUGAGCCCCGCGCGGACGCCGUACCCCCCCUCGCCCACCGGCACCCUCUUUUACCACAACAGCACUUACCGCAUCCUGCAGAAACCCCUCAGGUGGCACGAGGCCCUGCUGCUGUGCGAGACCCUCAAUGCCACCCUGGUCACCAUCCCCGACCCCUACAGCCAGGCCUUCCUCACCCAGGCCAUCAGCAGCCUACGGGCCCCACUCUGGAUCGGGUUGGCCAACAACGAGGGUGGUCGGAGCUACUCAUGGCUGUCGGAGGAGAACCUGUUCUACGCCAACUGGCAGGAUGGGGAGCCCCAGCAGGCUGCUGGCUGUGCCUACAUGGAUGUGGAUGGGAGCUGGCGCACGGCUGGCUGUGACACCAAGCUGCAGGGCGGCAUCUGCCAGCUCCAGUCGGGUCCCCCCCGCACACACAAGUGGAGCUACAGUGGGAGCUGCCCCAAGUCACUGGAGGACUCAUCCUGGAUCCCCUUCAGGGACCACUGCUACACCUUCCAUAUGGAGAUCACCCUGGGGCAGAAGGAUGCAAUGAGGAGGUGCCAGAAAGUUGGUGGCUCAGUGUUGUCCAUCCAGGACGAGAUGGAGAACGUCUUCGUGUGGGAGCACCUCCAGGCGUAUGAGGGCUCAUCCAAGGGUGCCUGGCUGGGCAUGACAUUCAACCCCAAAGGAGGCACCUUGGUUUGGCAUGACAACACAGCUGUGAAUUACUCCAACUGGGGCCAGCACGACACGGGGCCCAGCAUGCUGAGCCAGAACAGCUGCUACUGGAUCCAGAGCAGCAAUGGGGUCUGGCGCUUGGGCUCCUGUACCAACGUCACCAUGGGUGUCAUCUGCAAGAUCCCCCGAGUGGAGGAAAGCAGCUUCUCCAGGGCAGCUCUGCCGGAGAACACGACGGCUAUCGCGGUGGUGGUGCUGUCGGCGCUGGCUCUGAGCGCUCUGCUCGGCAUCGCCAUCUUCCUGUACAAGAAGCGAAGGAGCUCCGAGCGCGGAGCCUUCGAAAGCGCCCGCUACAGCCGCACCACGUCCAACCCCAGCGAAGCGGCCGAGAAGAACAUCCUGGUGUCAGACAUGGAGAUGAAUGAGCAGCAGGACUAACGGCAGGGGGAGCGGGGAGGGGAGGGGAUGGGGAUCGGCACGCAGGCGGUCCCCGGGGUGAGCGAGGCUGGGGUUGGGGUUGCUGCCGUACCCCCAGGCUUGCCCCUGGCUGCUGGAAGCUCCUGCAGCAGCUGUGGAGGCGGUUUCAGGGCUCAGAGGUUCAGAGGAAAGCUGCCUCCACUUGGAGAGCUUUCCCUGGCCGGGCUCCGAGACACCUUCCCCUGGGGAGAAGGUGUGCAUGGGCAGUCAGAGCCCUGCAGGGGCUCAUAUCCCCCAGACAACACGAGUCUGAGAGCACAUCCUCCUGGGCAAGAGGUCUCCAAAGCCAAUCUACCUCCCCUUCCCUCGGUCCUCUCUCCACCCACCUCAUCCUCACCUCCCCCAGCAGCAGAGUUGUGGUCCCCCCUUAACCCCGAUGUUCCCAUGCCCGGCGCUGCAGCUCUUCUCCCCACCAUGCUCCCCCUGGGCUGGCAGUGCCAUCCCAUCCCAUCCCACUCGCUGCCCCCCAUCCCAUUUAGCACAGAGCAACCCACACCACCAGCAGGUGGGAGAACUGGAAGCCCCACGCAUCCUUCUCAUCGUAGCCGUGCCAGUUGAGGUCCCAUUGGCCAACUGCAGAGAGUGCAAAGGAAGGAGCACAAAGCAAAGGGCUCAGGGCUGCUGUGUGCUCUCCAUGUAGGGCAGGGAUGGCGUAUGGAGCAGCUGAUCUUGUGGAUGAGCAUUAGGGAUGUAGGUUGGGGACCGAUUCUGUGCUUUUUAGGUGGUCAUUUUGGAGGUUUGGUUGUUUAUUUCUCCCCCUUUCCCCUUUAAUGGAAAGAAUAGCUUUUUUUUUUUUUUCCUCUUUUUUUUUUUUUUUUUUUUUUUUUUUUUUUUUUUUUUUUUUUUUUGCUAUGCUGUAUUGAGUGCGUGCUGAAUAUAUACGUCUUUCACACAGCUGGCUGGGGUGUGUGUGGUUGCAUUCCAUGUGCCAGGCGUAGAUGAGGAGGAGGAGGAGGAGGAAGGCACUAUGGGGCUGAGCUCCCAUAGAGCCCCACAGAGAGGGGGGUUGGGGGUUCCCUGCUGGGAAUGGGACCCAAGAAAACCCCCACAGCUCCAAAGGAAAGCGGCACAACCCCCACACAGAGAGGUUUUCCUGUCCCUUCCAGCUUGGUGCUGUGAGGUCAGCGGGGCCUGCAGGGUGCUGUGCUCUCCAUUCUGUGGAUUUAAAGCUGUCUAUUUCACUUAAGCUGGAUAUUAAGUGUUUGAGGAACUGUUGGUUGGGGUGGGGAUGAAGGGAUCGCUUCAUUUUGAUGUUUACUUUUUUUUGGCUAUGAUGUCCAAACACCAUCGUGAUGUUUGUGGGCAGGAGAGGCCCCAGCUCUGCCCCGGUUCCAUUCCUCAGUCGUGGCUUUUAUUUCCUGAGGUCAUUCCUGGCGUGGAGCUGUUGGUUUCGUUCCCGAUGCAGUGCCAGAUCUGGGAAAGCUGAGCACUGGUCCGUCCCCAUCUCCAUCCUUGUGCCAUUGAGAGCUGCUGUUCGUGGCCGGGUGGGAUCAGGAGCAGCUGAGGGGUCGUCUUCUAUCUCCUGCCACGAGCAGAGCUCAGAAAUCCCAAAGGGAGAAGUGCUGAGGCUGGGGUGGGCGGAAUGCAGCAGUGCUGAGCUCAGGGUUGAGCUCAGCUCGGAGCUAUGAGUGCAGCAUUGAUGCCUGCAUGCGUCCUAGGAACGCUUCUUUAAAGAGAUUAUUUCCAUUUCUUUCCUUGUCUUUCCCUCCUUGAUUCAUCUCGCUCUCUUUCCUCCUCUACCUUCGAGCAAAGAGAUCUGUCCAAUAUAGGGGAAAUUUUGUAUGGGAAUAACUUUGCCAGCAAUCAGGAUUACAGAAAAAGCUCAUAUAUGGUUACGUGGUAUCUCCUAUCACCAUUAGAAUAAUGUGAAGAGUGGCUUAAAAGGACCCAGUCAAUUAUAUAUAUUAUAUAUAUAUAAUAUAUAUAUAUAUAUAUAGUUUUGCAAUUUUUUACUCUCUGUGGUUUGUAAGAUCCUUUUAGAAGCUUGGAAAUAAAAUUUCCUCCCCCAUCUU